AUGAGCGAAGAAGGAUUCGAUCUGUAUCCCCUGGAAGAGGGCGCACUGAUAGGCCACAUAAACGUUGACGAGGAGGUAAAUAAAAAAACGAAAACAUAUCUGAGCAUGUCCCUAAAAUACAUUCGUGAGAAGAAGCUCAAAAGUUGCGAAGAAUAUCUGAGCGGAGUACUACCCGCUGUUAGGGAACACCCAUUUGAACACCUAACCUUGAUGACGAUAAAAAUAUAUUGUAAUUUAAGACUGAAUAAUUAUCGUCUCGUUUCCAGUGACCUCAGUUCGAUUGGUAAUUUAGAUAAAAACAGUUACAACUUUGAACACGUCGCAUGGAAAUAUAAGAAAAAAAAUGGCUCCAUGAUUUCUUUCCUCCUCAGACUGAUUAACUGCUACUACCCCUACACUCUCAAUUUGCACUUUACAUCAUUCGACCGACUGUACCUAUUGAUACUGCACUAUGAGAAGUUGCUUCAUGAGUGCACCGCUCAGUUGGGAAGUAAGAUCGCGCUUGAUGAGGAUCAAAUACUGCAACUGGCAGAGAAGAGGAAGAAGGUCAUCCUGCACAAUAUCGCAGUCGCGUGCUACGUCCUCUGUGACCUCUUGCUUAAGAAGAAUUACAUCGAGCAAGCUAUUCAUCUCCUGAAGGAAAAAAUAUUGCGAUAUGAUGCAAACCAUAUUGCCACCAUAUCUUUGAUUGGAAAACUGUCUUUGCUUAUGGGGGCACUGGAUUCCGCGGCGAGGUCCUUCGACUUGGUUGAGCACCUAAUCGGGGGGAGUAAUCCUUCCACGGGAGAAGCAGCUUUCCAGAAUGACGCAGCUUCCCCGAAUGACGCAGCUUCCCAGAAUGACGCAGCGAGAGCACACACCUUGACAAAUUCAACUUUCUUUAAUCUCUACCUCGAGGAUUAUCCAUCCGCAUUGCAAAAAAUUCUGGAGAUCCCCCCAAACCUCCCAGCGGAGCAAAACAGAGGAGAGGCGGCCAACGACUACGCCAUAUACUGCAACAACAUCGCAGUCACUUACUUCUUUAACAAUGACGUGAAUAAAUCGAUUAAGACUAUGGAAGAAACUGUGACUAGGGACCACGGCAAUGCUUACCCUUCGCUUGUAAAAAAUCUGAACCUCUUAUACGAGUUCACCAAAGUGAGAAAUGAGAGAGAGGGCACUUAA